AUGGCAGAUAACAAGCAACCACAACUGAACGGCGCAUACUACGGCCCCGCCAUUCCACCGCCAGCACAACCCCGUCCCUACCACCAACGAAGCAGAAGCUGUUGUUGCUGUCUCUUCAGUUUCUUCUGGAAGCUCUUUGUCACGCUGAUCGUUCUCGCUGGUCUCGCGGUCCUUAUCUUCUAUCUCGUUGUUCAGCCCCGCCCCUUCAAAUUCUAUGUCACAGAAGCCAAGCUAACUAAGUUCGACUACGCAAACAACACGAUACACUACAAUAUGGUUCUCAAUUUCACAGCCCGCAACCCAAACAAAAAGCUCAGCAUCUAUUACGACAAAGUUGAGGCUCUAGCGUUCUACGAAGGGGCGAGGCUUACUAAUAAUGUUGAUGUGAUCACACACAUGAACUCGUUUCGCCAAUAUAAGAAGAGCAGUGACCCCAUGAGCGCUGUUUUCUCAGGACAGAAGCUGUUGGUGCUCGAGGAUGAUCAAGUGUCAGAGUUCAACGACAAUAAGAGUGCCGACGUUUAUGACAUCUAUGUGAAACUCUACUUCAGGAUUAGGUUCAGACUCGGAGAUUUGAUAUCUGGCGAUUACAAGCCAAAGGUGAAAUGUGAUCUGAAAGUCCCUUUGAAUUCUAACAACAAGACGACUGCAACGUUUGUGCCCACCAAGUGCAGUGUUGAUUUCUACUGA